UAAGCUCCGCUAGCCCAGCCCAUUACCCUUUCAUAGCUAGGGUUGCGUUUUACUAUAAAAUCUUGCACCCUUCUCUUUUUCUUCCUCCACUUCCAUCUUCCGCUCGAGAUCCCGCCGUAGCAACAAUGGUCAAGUACUCGAGAGAGCCGGAUAACAUCACUAAAUCAUGCAAAGCUAGGGGAUCCGAUCUCCGAGUUCAUUUCAAGAACACUAGAGAAACAGCGCAUGCCAUCAGAAAGCUACCUCUGGUGAAGGCCAAGAGAUACUUGGAAGAUGUGCUUGCCCACAAACAGGCCAUUCCCUUCACUCGUUUCUGUGGUGGUGUUGGGCGAACUGCUCAGGCCAAGAACAGACACUCUAAUGGUCAGGGUCGCUGGCCCGUGAAAUCUGCCAAGUUUAUCUUGGAUUUACUUAAGAAUGCUGAAAGCAAUGCUGAGGUGAAAGGUUUGGAUGUGGAUGCACUAUUCAUUUCUCACAUUCAGGUUAACCAGGCUCAGAAACAAAGGCGUCGCACAUACCGCGCCCAUGGAAGGAUUAACCCCUACAUGUCCUCUCCAUGCCAUAUUGAGUUGAUUCUGUCAGAGAAGGAAGAAUCUGUGAAAAAGGAGGCUGAGUCGCAGUUGGCAACUAGCAAACCUAGGAAGGCUUGAGCUCUCACUUUAUUAUAGUUUUGAAACUUAAUUUUUUGGCUACUUUGUUUCGAACCAAGUUUUGUUAAUCGACCUAUGAUUUGGAUUGUCGAGAUUAAUGAGCGUUUUUGUUUGUUUGGUUA